CAUCUGAAAAAACCACAUGUAAAAAUUAAACUUAUUAGAUGUCAUACACAGCCAGAACAUGCAUACAAUGAAAUUAAAGCACUAGUGACUGAUGUAUAUACUUAUGUUAAACAAAAAUCGGUAAAAAAGAAUGGUCUUUCUUGUUUAUUAAGUCUAUUAUGCUUGAAUACAAAAGAAGCACCAAUUUUUGGAGAAAAUUGCGAACAUAUAAUUCUAAUAGGUGAUUUCAAUGCUUCUGGUUCUUAUCUUAAUAAAAAAAAGCAAGCAAAACUAGAUAAAAUUUUGGCUCAAAAGAAUUUAAUUUGGGAAAUUAGUCAUUCAA